UGUAAUGUUUUGUUUUUCUUUUAAUAAUGGCGGCAACUUCGAGAAGUUCUUUGGCCAUAUUAAGUAUUUACGAUUCAAGCGAUGAUGAUGAACCCGUUGGUAGCUCAAGAGUAUCUUCAAAACGUUCACUUUUAGACACAGAUUUUCAAGGUUCAGAAUAUUCUUCCAAGAAACAGUGCACAAAUGAAAAAAAACUGUUACCUUCUCCUUUAGGAUUGGACCAAAUUUUUCCAUUGACAGCCAGCGCUCCAGUUGACAAUCCAGAACAACACGACGGCCGUGUACGUUCAUUCCCUCACGAAAGGGGAAACUGGUCUACUCUGGUUUACAUUCAUUAUGAACCUAGCAUAGUCCUGGAGUCAUUUGUCGACGUAGUGAAAGUUAUAUGUUCCACGGACGUAGGCCUGGCACUGAAGGCACCUGAUGAAUUGCACAUAAGUUUGACGAGAACUGUUGUGUUGAGGCAUCACUGGAUCGACAGUUUCGUAGCAUCAGUAAGGCAGAUUUUCGAGGCAGUUGCAAGGUUCCAGCUGACGUUCGGCUCCGUGGACGUGUACACCAACGAAGAGAAGACGCGCACGUUCGUGGGACUGGUUGUGGAGCUGGGGCAGCGAGCACUCCAGUCGUGCGUCGGGGAACUGGACAAAUGUUUGGCAGAGUUCCGACUCCAGCCGUUUUACGACGAUCCAUCAUUCCACAUGACUGUAGCUUGGUGUGUCGGCGACCACAAGACUGAGAUUGCGACGGUACUGCCCCAGUUGAACGAAGUGUUCAAACAGUUCCUGUACACCCACCCAGAACAAUGGACGUCCGCUGUCCGACAACUGUCCUGCAAGUCUGGUAAUAAGAAAUAUGUUUUCCCCCUUGCCAGAUAACACCACACACAUAGUUCUGUAUGACUUGGACAUGUAAAUAAAUAUUUUGUUUGAAUAAUAA